ACAAUAACUUCUUAGAAGUAAUCUGUUCAAACAUAAUAUAUAUUUGCUGUAUGGCGCCUAUGAUUUGUUAAUUAUCAUUAGUGUCCACAACAGAUCGUCCAUAAAGAUAUUUCCUUAUAGAUUAUGAAAUUUUUCAAUCGUAGUAAUAUAUCUUAAAGUAUUCAACAACCUGAACACUAAGAAAGCAAGCAACAAGUUUUUUCACUUACCGAUAUUCAUUAAAUAUUUUGUUCAAAUUAUAUUGUAAGAACGUAAUCAUUGAAAAUAUUAUUUAGUUGUUGUUUGAGUAUGCCUUAUAUUCAUAAACGGCUCCAAGUUCAUGGAUGUUUACAAAGGUAUUCGCAGUAUUGCAUUGCGACGGGGCUUGGAUGCAAUGUCCAUAUACUAUAAGGAAAGAUAUGCUGCUAGUCGUCGCAAAAAAAUGAAGUUAUUUGAACCGCCUAUACCAGGUCUUACUUUUGUAUUCCACGGACUAAUUCAAAUCGAUUGCGAACACUUUGCUAUCGAUUUUCUCACUAGGCAGACAAUCACAAACUCCGAAAACUAUGAUAUCAUUCUGCAGAUUGCACCACGUCUUCCGCAAAAUUAUAUAGUCCGCAAUUCGCGUCUAAUGGGCAAGUGGGGUCCCGAAGAAAAUUCGUCCAAUUUACAUUUUCCUUUAAAACGUGGCAAAUAUUUCUGGAUACAAGUGCUACUGACUGAAGAAUCCUUUUAUAUUUCAGUAAAUGGCUUCCAUUUCACAAAAUAUAAUUAUCGUAUGCCAUACAAAUGGUUAAAGGCUAUAGAAGUAAGUGGUGAUGUAACUGAUGUGAUUAUCGAAAGUUUCUAUGUGAAAGAGUAUCCUGUCCGUCUGGUGCGUUCCUUCAAUAUAGAUCUGUCUUAUACCUCAACUUGGUCGAAGGAUUUUCAUACAAUUCCUGCGGAGUGGUUACGUAUUGAUAUACCAUCCAAAUUUUUAAAACAUGUGAGUUCGCCACAAGUCCAAUUAACUUUACCAUUCUAUGGCCGAAUCCCAGAAGAAGAAAAGUUGACUGAUGGUCGUGCGUUACGCAUUGAAGGUCGCGUACGUCUUAUGCCACAAAGUUUCAGCGUGGCCUUGCAGCGAGGAUUUUGCAUCUGGCCGCAGCCAACUGUCUCACUAUUAUUUAGGCCAAGUUUUGUGAGAAAUAGUCAUGUUAAGGUGGGUAAAGCUAUUAUUACCAGAAGUGCUUUUAUCAAUGGUGCCUGGGUGAAUCGUGAAGUAUCACGCCUGCAUACUCAUUUGCGUCCAGGAAAAGCAUUUGUUAUAAUAAUUGCUUGUAGGAAACAGUGUUACGAAUUAUUUGUGAACAGCAAAUUGUUAUUGGCUUUUAAGCACCAAAUGAAUCCCGCUGACGUUGAUAUUGUUAAUAUUCGAGGCGAUGUUAAGCUGUGGAAUAUUGUUGUCGAGAGUGCAAAAGUUCCACAGAGGAAAUCUGGUCGAUCGAUAAUGGGUCAUAUUAGUCGUAUUCGAUUAAACGAUAAUGAAUAAAAUUUGAUAAAAAUACAUAUAAUUUUAAUAAUAUAAAUUUUAUUAUAUGCA